GGGCGUGGUCUGAUGAUGUAUCCGGCUGAGGAGCGCUGUUUCCCGGCCAGGCUGCCAGCUGCGGUCCUCUCCGUGAUCUCUCCCCCGUCUCCGUCAUCUCCAGCCGGGGCCUGCCGCCGCCGUCACCGGGAGACACGCAUGGAGCUCCGGUCGAUCCUCGCCGCCGCCCUGCUGCUGUCCGCCGCCUCGCUGCAGCCGGUGUCCGGUGCGGCGUCACGGACGGGACCGAGAGUCACCGAGAAGGUGUUUUUCGACAUCACAGUAGCGGGUCAUGAGGUCGGACGAAUCGUCAUCGGUCUGUUCGGUGAGGUCGUCCCGCUCACUGUCAAUAACUUCGUCGCCCUGGCAACCGGAGAGAAAGGUUACGGAUACAAAGGAACCAAGUUCCACCGAGUCAUCAAGGACUUCAUGAUCCAGGGAGGAGACUUCACGGCCGGAGACGGAACCGGAGGUCACAGCAUCUAUGGAACAACUUUUGCAGAUGAAAACUUCCGACUGAAGCACCUCGGAGCCAGCUGGGUGAGCAUGGCCAACGCCGGUCCGGACACCAACGGAUCCCAGUUCUUCAUCCUGGCUGCUAAAGCGCCGUGGCUCGACGGAAAACACGUGGUUUUUGGAAAAGUCCUGGACGGGAUGUCGGUGGUCCACACCAUCGAGCUCCAGGACACCAACGACAGGAACCUUCCCUACACCGAGUGUGUGAUCGUCAACAGCGGCCGGAUCCCCGUCAAGGAGCCCUUCGUGGUGGAGGUGGAGGGCUGGUAGACGAUACAAGACGAGUAGCAGUUAGCUAGUAGUUAGCAUACACUGGAGGUCCAUCAGAAGUCACACUAGCAGCGUGCCAAACUCACAUUUACAAUACUUCAGCAUGUUAACACUCCAAUGCUAGCAUGAUAGCAUGGAGGACUGAGUAGUUCCCUCUAGAUUAAGUUCUGACAUCAAAUUAGUACUUUUUUUGUUUUAAAUAAAGUUUACAAGCAAGCUAAUAAGAUGAAUCUGCUAACUGGGAGCACAGUGCCUCAAUAGCUAAUGUUAGCGAAUGCAUGCUAACAUUGGCCAAUUUGGGAGUGUGCUAGCAUGCUCUAUGACUAUGAUCAGAAGUCCCAUAUGCAGAGUGCCAAAUUCACAUUUCCAGUUCAUUACAAUACUAAUGCUAGCAUGUUAGCAUAUAAAACUGAUGCUAAAUUAUCACAUUUCUCUUAUUGUUGUUUAUCAAACAAAUAAAAGUAAACAGGCAAGCUAGCAUGAUAAACAUGCACUAACUGAUAGCAUGGUCCCUCAGUAGCUAAUCUUAGUUAGUACAUGCUUACACUGGCUACAUUUGGACCUAGUUAGCAUGCUUCAAAGGCUGAUGUUAAGGGUUAAGAGUUGGCACGUUAACACAAAUAGUUAAAAUUAAUUGUAGCAUCCAAAUUAGAGUCAAAAGUCGUAUCGCACUGAAACCAAAUUAUUACAUUUAAAAACUCAACUUGAGGAAUAUAAAUGUAUUUUUUUACCAAUUAAAGUUGUCAGUGUCAUGAUUUGAAUUUGAUCUUAGCACAUAAUGAUACAAGAACUGUGUCUCAGUAAAGUGGUAAACAACAUGCUGAGUGUGACCAUGGUAUCUCACUAGCUAACACUGGCAUGCUAACGUUCUCCGAAGACUAAUGUUAUCACCUAAAAAUUAGCAUGUUAACCCCAAAACAUUGUCAAUACGCAUGCUAACAUGCUAACUAUGGGCUCUCUAAUGCUAUCAUGCUAACACAGCAGCGGGUUGACUUGCUAAAGCUAAAUGUGACUUCUGAUGGAUUUUUACUGUAUUCAGAUGAUAAUAUAAGUCACAGAGGUUUUUAUUAGAAGUCAUUAGCCAGAUAGUAGCAACUAACGAGGAAAUACAGGUUAAAUCUGUGGUAAAUCUAAAAAAGUGGCGGUGUUAGACCUGCAAUGCUAAAUGAAGAUCACAAAGAAACUCAGGCAGUUCUUUUGUUAUUCUUCCUCAGUGCUCUGGGUACUGCAGUAUAACCCAUUUCUCCAACAAGAAAAAAUAAAGAGAAAAAUGUUGAUUUAAUUUCAGAUUAAAUAAAAAUGGCCAAAAAAAAAGAGGCCAAUUUCCAAAUUUUUAGUAAAAGAAAAAUAAGGAAUUGGGCCAUUUUCACGUUUCAAAAUGGAAAACCAAGAGUUAUUAUGGGAUUUGACAGGAAAUGGUUGAUACUUUAGCAUUCCAAAAUGGCCACUUUUUUAGAAUUGUAGCAAAAAAUAACAAUGAAAAUGCAACGGUUUGUUUUUCAUAACUUUUUAUUACAUUAAAACAUGUAGCAUCAAAACAAACAGUAUCUAGCAGAAAUAAAGCAUAGAUGCAUAUCAAAACCUGGAAUUAGAAGUUUCUGAAUCUGUAUGUUUAGCAUUAACUAGCUUUACUGUGGUUCAUGCUAAAGAUCUGUUAGCAUACAUGCAUGUUCGGUGGACAGAUAUGAAAACUUGCCCUUCCAGAAUAACUGUGUAGCUCUCAUUGCCAAAUCCUUCUUUAAUUGCCAAAUUUUCUUGCACUUCUUAUGCACAUAAUGGCUAAAUAUCAGAAUUUAAAAGUGCGUUAACGUGAAUAUGCAAAAAAAACAACUGUAGCAAGUGUCAAAUGACGCGUUAGCAUUUUGUUAUUUGUGUUGAUUGUUGUUCAUCCUUGAAAAUGAAGAGUUUGUACAUAUGUUAUGCACCAUGUUUGCAAAAAACUACAGCACAAAUUGCACAGGAUGACAAAGUGUGGAAAUCAGUAUUAAUAAUGUUUAAAUCUCAUUCUGACUUUUAAUGUUUUACCCAUUCUUUGUAAUGUUUUUGCAAUAACCCUAAAGUGUCAAAGUAGCAUAAUAAUGUAGGAAACCUGUGACUUUCCUCGUCCCUGUGAAGUUAAUGCAGAAUUUAAAACCUCCUAAUGAACAUAUCAGGCUUUCUUUUUUCAUUAUGUUCAGCAGCAGCGGAAGAAAGUGCCAACGGGAGUGUUUUCUACAAUAAAUAUGCUGUUGCUAAACUA